UACACUUAACUGUCAAGACAUCAUGCCAAUCUGACAUUUGCAUUUCAUAUUGAAUUUCAGGUGGACUUACACAUUCAUAGUCGCUCCUUUGACCAGUUUCACACUGAUUCGACAUUUUUCAGUUCACUCAAUGGGUGAUCUCGGGCGAUAACACCUGGUCAUCAUGUCGAGCCAGUUGGCGUCCUUGUGCGCCGUUACCUCCUUCCUUUGGCUCAUCAACAGCGUGGAGGAUCAUCAAAUCAUCGAACAACCCCGCCUCUCAUCAACCCUCAUCCUCCUCAUCGCCUCCCUCACCUCCUACGCCACAAGCCACUUCUCCGGCUGGCUCCCAGGGGCCAACGGCCGCUUCGAUGAUGAACUCGGCCUCUCCUCCACCGGCAACAAAACCAGGCCAAUAUCCCAACGAAACUUCCCCAAGAAACCACGACGGUACUUUGCCCUCAUCCUGAUCGUCUGCAUUAUCCUCCGACUGGAAUCCUUCCACCGAGUCACCGCCGACUUGCAAUGUUCCAAGCCCGGGCUGGAAGCCUUUCUUCCGGUUCUCAUUCUUGCUUAUCAGCUGUACUCUUCUCCUCGCCGACCACGCACCUUUGACGAGGAAAGAGAUGACUUCACAAGGACAAUGUAUGAGGCCAUUCCCGAUUUUUUGGCGAGGUCGUUGUACAUCCUUGUUCCUUCUACGCUCUUGAUUUCGUUUGGAGCGUACUUGGCUUUGAUCUCGGAGCCUAGGUCGACGCUGUUUUGCUCGCCACAGCACGACUGGGCGAGGUUUGUGGUUCUGGUUCAGUGGGCGGGGGUUGUUCUUGAUGCGGCGAUAGUUAUUAUUGCCUGGAGAAUUCUGGCCUGGGCUAGAACCACCAAGUCGAGAUUGAGGACGUUGGCGGGAAUCUUGCUCGUGUCUGGCCUAGGAGCUGGCAUUUUUUGGGGGUUGAGUGGCGAUGGAGUUGGGAGUGAUACUCUGUUUUGGUUCGAUGUCGUUAUUGAUGGGUUGACGCUUGCAACCUUGCUGGUAUCCAGCAGUCUUCUUGCACCCGAGGGCGGGGCUGUGCUAGGUUUCGCCGGAGUUGUCACCUUCAUCACUGGGUUUCUCAUAUCAGUCCAGCGGGUCUGGACAUUAGGGAGCUGGGAAAAUGUUUCUGGCUGGCAAACAUGGGGAGCGGUGGUGGGCAUGUCAGCUGGGUUCACGUUUUUUCUGCACGCGACUGAUAUCAAAAAGGUGAUGUUCAUUCACAGGGCGUUUGUUAUCAUGGCUUUGAUGGCCGUGGUGAUCGCCGUGAGCAUCUUCACCCCCAUCAAGAUGAGCAAGGGCAUGGAUAGCCAUCCUUUGGGCAAGCUCAUCUACGAUUCAAGAGUGGAGUCGGACAGGUGGUUGAUUCACGCAAGUUACAGCGAUUCAUUGCCAUCGGCGGUACGGGAGUAUGGGGAAAGACAUUAUGGGAGAGAUCCGCCAAAGGGGUUCGACAGGUGGUGGGAGUUUGCAAAGCAAAAGAAGUCCCCAAUCAUCGACCACUUCAAGCAGAUGGGUGACGAUAUCCUACCUUUUUGGGGGGUGCCACCGGCGAAGCUGAGAGAAGACACAAGAAAAGCAGCCAAAGAGAUUGAUAUGGCGCUGCUUCAAAUACAGAACGGGACGGCGAGGCACAACCUCCCUACCGAGAAUCCAUAUCAAACCAUCAUGGAUGAGCUGGUCGACUUGAUCAAAGAUUUCGUGGAACACUUACCAGACCUCGAGAUGGCAAUCAAUCUCAACGAGCGGCCGAGGGUACUGGCACCUUGGGAUCAGAUUCAACGGCUAGCCACUGCUGGGAUGAAGAGAAAGAAGGCCUCGAGCCUAUUGCCAGGCGGCAGCUCGGGAAGCAGUGAAUACGGAAAGAAAGACAUGCCCAAGCCCAGGCUGACCGAGGCUGUUGAUAAGGACGAGCUGCUCAAGAACGCCAUGUCACCGAAAGCCCUUCGAGAAUUGACAUCCUUAAGCUGUCCCACUGGUACCAAGGUCAAAUCAGGAGUUCACUGGGACAUCCGCGAUUUCUGCUCCUCCUGCGCCAAACCCCAAUCCAACGGCCAAUUCCUUACCAAUUUUGGCCUCUCCCUCGAACUCUGUCACCAAUCCGACCUCAUGAGACUACACAGCUUCUACAUGACUCCCGCCGAAGUCCCCCCCACCACCUCUCUCCUCCCCAUCUUCAGUCGGUCCAAAACAGACAACUACGCCGACAUCCUCCUCCCCUUAUCACACCCUCCUCAAACCACCCCCCUUACACCCCCCAAGACCCCCCAACCCUGGUCCAAAAACCACCAGAAACUGUAUUAUCGCGGCUCCAUCUCCCGCCCCUAUUCCGACAAACCCCUCCUCCGCGGCGGCCAAGAGGAACGCCUAGUCCACCUCACCAACCUCCCCCCUUCCUCCUCUUCCACCACCACCACCCGCCUCAUCCUCCCCAACCAAUCCCGCUCCCGCGCCCACUAUCGCUCCGUCUCCACCCCCUACCUCAACACCCUCCUCCCCUUCGACACAGCCUUCACCUCCUACUCCCCCUGCCAACAAACCCCCUCAUCCUGCCCCCUCGACUUCCACCACCUCACCUCCUCUUCUUCCCCCGAUCCCUUUUCUAGUCAAUACAUCCUCACCCUCGACUCCUCCACCUCCCCAUCCCCAUUAUUCCUCCCCACCCUCUCCUCCCCCUCCAACGUCCCCUUUUUGUCGACAAUCUUCAAGGAGUGGUACACGGACCGUGUCCUGCCCUGGGUUCACUUCGUCCCGGUAGACAUCCGCUUUCACGGCCUGCACUCCACGCUCGCGUAUUUCACCGGGAUUCAAGGCCAGACUAAAGAGCAUGGGUCGACAGACGGGAAGUGGAUCGCCGAGCAGGGUGCUAAAUGGGCUGCUAGGGCGUUGCGACGGGAGGACAGGCAGGUGUAUCUGUUUAGGUUGCUGCUCGAAUGGGGAAGGUUGGUAGAUGAUGGACGGGAUGAGGGGGGAUUCAAGAUUUCGUCGUCGUAAGGGUUAGAUUAGCGGACGGUAUGGUAUAUACACAGGUACAACGUUGUAAAUAGACAGAUCACAAAAAAAAAAAAAAGCCUGUAUAGAAAAAAAGUCUUCUAUUCUGAAUCAAAUUCACCCUCUUCUCCU